AUGCGAGGAAGGAAGGAAGCAAAGAAGGAAGGAAGCAAGAAAAGAAGAGUCGGAGAAGAAAGGAAGGUAGGAAGCGAGGAAGGAAAGAAGCAAGGAAGGAAGGAAGCGAGGAAGGAAAGAAGCGAGGAAGCAAGGAAGGAAGGAAGCGAGGAAGCAAGGAGGGAAAGAAGCAAGGGAGGGAGGAAGCAAGGAAAGGAGGAAGCAAGGAAGGAAGGAUGCGAGGAAGGAAGUAAGCGAGGAAGCAAUGAAGGAAGGAAGCAAGGAAGGAACGAAGCGAGGAAGGAAGGAUGCAAGGAAGCGAAGAAGGAAGGAAGUGAGGAAGCAAGGAAGGGAGGAUGCAAGAAACGAAGGAAGGAAGCAAGGAUGGAAGGAAGGAAGCGAGGAAGGAAGGAUGCAAGAAUGCGAGGAAGCAAGGAAGGAAGGAAGCGAGGAAGGAAGCGAGAAGGGAAUAUCGACUUGUACUCAAAGAUGGAACAGAGGGGACAGUUGCAAUACAGAGAAUACAGAAUAUCUUAUAUUACUUCAAAUUAUGAAAAUGAGGUUGAAUGUUUAACAUUUCGUCCGAUCUAAUACUCAUCACAUUUCUCAGAUGAUCUUUCUUAUUCUGUAAAAUGGCAUGGAAAUAUGAUACUGCAGUUUUCCAUAACAAUGUAUCAUAAUAUGAACUAUAUUAAACAGUUGUGUUUGCUGUUAUUGAGAAUUGUAUUGACAAAUAAUGUAUUCAUCAAACUGGGUACAAUAGUGGACGAAGGUGGGUACGAAAGUGGGAGAUUUUCAGGGUAUAAUCGGGAUUCACUCCAUUUUUGAGAGACACUUGCUCCUGUUUUCAGCGGGAACUCCUCAUGUUUUCAGCGGGUCCUCCUCCUGAUUUCAGCGGGAUCUUUGCUUAAUUGCUCCUGCUAGAAGCGGGGCCUUGAGGGAUAUGAUCAAAUUUAAAUAUAAAAUGUUCUGUAAAGCUUUAGGAAGUGAAACUCGGUACAUCUUUAUUUCAUAUCACUAUCGUUAUUUCAACCACAGGACAACAUCGUUCUUCACCAAUAACGUAUAGAAAUAUAUAGAUAAAGAUUCAAAAAGAUACUUUCUCUCUUCAAUUGACAAAUAACGAACCACAGAACGACCGCUCGUGAUACAUUUUUUCCAGCAGUUGCUUUUUUAGUCUCAAUACCAUGUAAUCAUUGGGAAAAAUUAAAAGAAAACGUUUUGUAAAUCAUACAAUUCAAGAACACAAAAAAGAACCCAUGACUUCUUUUUAUUCCUCGCGAUUUCAGCGGGAACUUGCUCGCGAUUUUUAAAUCAUAGCGGGG